AUGUCGCUCACAAACGCUUCUCCCGAGGCCGCCGCCCGCGAGGCCAAGUCGGCGUCGUUUACCCUCGCCGCGCUGCCGGCGUCGGCGCGCAACGAGGCCCUCGAGGGUAUCCACGCCGCGCUGUCGGCCAACCGCGAUGCCAUCCUCGCCGCCAACGCCCGGGACUUGGAGCUGGCGCGCAAGGCCGCCGCCGACGGGUCGCUCAGCGAGGCGCUCGUCAGCCGCCUCGACCUCGGCAAGAAGGGCAAGUGGGAGGACAUGCUCAAAGGCAUCCUCGACGUGCGGGACCUGCCCGACCCCGUGGGCAACAUCUCGAUGCGCACCAAGCUAGACGACGACCUCGUCAUGGAGCGCGUGUCGUGCCCGAUUGGCGUGCUGCUCAUCAUCUUUGAGGCGCGCCCCGAGGUCAUUGCCAACAUUGCCAGCUUGGCCAUCAAGUCUGGCAACUCGGCUAUUCUCAAGGGUGGCAAAGAGUCGACUGAAUCCUUCGUCGCCAUCUCCCAGGUCAUCUCCGCCGCCCUCGACAAGAGCCAGGUGCCCAACGGCGCCAUCCAGCUCGUCACAACCCGCGACGCCAUUGCCAGCCUCCUCGCGCAGGACCGCUCCAUCGACCUCGUCAUCCCGCGCGGCUCCAACGAGCUGGUGCGUUACAUCAAAGAAUCUACCAAGAUCCCCGUGCUGGGCCACGCCGACGGCCUGUGUAGCAUCUACCUGACCGCCACCGCCGACCCGGCCAAGGCUGCCACCGCCAUUGUCGACGCCAAGACGAGCUACCCGGCCGCCUGCAACAGCGUCGAGACGCUCCUUGUUCAGGACGCUGCCCUCAACAGCACCUUUGCCCCCGUCGUGGCCGGUCUCGUCGCCAAGGGCGUCGAGCUUCGCUGCGAUGGCUCCAGCAAGGCCGCCGCCCUGGCAAGCCUCAACGGCGGCGACUCUAGCAAGAUUGUCGACGCCACCGACGCCGACUACGACACGGAGCACCUGUCGCUGACGAUUGCCGUCAAGACGGUGGCGUCGGCCGACGAGGCCAUUGCGCACAUCAACGCCCACGGCUCCGGCCACACCGAGUCCAUCAUGACGUCGGACAGGGACGAGGCCGAGCGCUUCAUGAACCAAGUCGACUCGGCGGGCGCGUACUGGAACGCCUCGACGCGCUUGGCCGACGGCAUGCGCUACGGCUUCGGCACCGAGGUCGGCAUCAGCACCAACAAGAUCCACGCCCGCGGGCCCGUCGGCCUCGAGGGCCUGACCAUCUAUAAGUACAAGAUUCGCGGCGACUACCAGCCCACGGCUGGCUAUGGCGAUGGCGAGGGCCAGAAGCCAUUCAAGCAUGAGAAGCUGGCUCUUUAA